AGAGAUGUGCACCUUAGAGAAGCGAGGAAACAUCUACGUGUUGACUUUAACAGGGGAAGACGAGCAUCGUCUAAACCCAACACUGAUUGGCGCGAUCCGGUCGGCUCUAAGCAGAAUCCGAUCAGAUCCAACGUCUCACUCCUCAUCUGCUCUCGUCACCACUUCCCAAGGCAAAUUCUUCUCCAAUGGGUACGAUCUCGCUUGGGCUCGCUCAUCGCCUCCCCGUAUCAGACAGAUGUCCUCCGAACUCCGGGCUCUAGUGUCUGACCUCCUAUCUCUCCCCAUGCCUACCAUUGCCGCCGUUUGCGGCCACGCUUCAGCCGCCGGACUCAUCCUCGCCCUGAGUCAUGACUACGUUCUCAUGCGCAAAGAUCGUGGUUUCCUCUACAUGAGCGAGAUGAAUAUUGGCCUCAAGAUCCCCGCUUGGUUCAUGGCUGUGAUAAAUUCCAAAAUCGGUGAUCCAAGAGUUCGACGCGAGAUGGUGCUCAAAGCCUCCAAAAUCACAGCCAAACAAGGAGUCGAAAAGGGGAUAUUAGAUGCCGCCUGCGAGAGUGCCGAGGAGACGGUGAAACAGGCGACGGAAUUGGCGUCGGAGCUGGCCGGAAAGGGGUGGAACGGAAAAGUCUACAUCGACAACAGACUAGUGCUUGUGAAGGAGCUUUUUGAUACUAUUGGAUCCGACGAGACCACCGACGAUGUUAACGGCGUUCUAUCAAAAAUCUGAAUACCAUUUCGUUGUAAUUUUAUUUUAUGAGUUGCAUGUUUUUCUUUCUUUUUUUAAAAAAAAAUUUUAAUUUUCCAGAUUGUAAUUUUAAUUUUUAAGAAGCUUUGGAUUGGCGAAUGGAGAUCUAAUAAAAUUUGGAUUGGCUU